AUGCAAACUUUUUGUUCCAAUGUUAAGCUACCGCGAUGGACUCGAUUCCUUAUGCCAAUUGGGAUCUUUUUACUAAUGAGCUACGGAACCUGGGCAUUUUCUCACAAACUCUGUUAUGAUCAGAUAUACAAGCAUUAUGGACAGAAAUCGGUUGCCAUCGGUCUUAUUGUUGUUGUCUGCUUCCUGCAGAUCCUCUUACUGUUAAUAUGGUUCCAGAUAGCUGUAGCUGUGGGCCCUGGAAAGCUUCCACAAGUUUUACCAUAUUUGAUAUUAUCAGCUCAAGAAUCAGAUUUAGGCGCUAGUGAAAAAUACCAAAAUCACGGUUCGGAUGGUUCGUCAAUAUGUUACCAAUGUGAUCCUAAUGGGUACCCGAUAUGGUGUACUAAUUGUCAAAGCUUAAAAACAGAAAGAGCACAUCAUUCCAGGGAAUUGGGACAUUGUGUACCUAAGUUUGAUCAUAAAUGUACAUAUUUGGGUUCUAUAAUUGGUAAGGACAACUAUAGACUCUUUGUACAGUACUGUGUUUUCAUGACGAUUUGGUUAGCCAUAAUUUGGACAUCUAUUGUGGCAUAUAUUAGAAGCAUUACUAGAGAUUAUAGAGGACAUGGUUCCCAUUUGAACGGUAACCUUAUUGCUAUCCUCAUUUUGACUACACUAUUUUGGAUAACAGUCACAUCUUUACUGUUGACCCAACUGAAUUGUAUUGUUAAGAAUAAAACUUCAAUUGAGGUUAUGGAAAGAAGAAGAAAGGCAUUUUCUACAAGGAAGAUGUUCUGUUACUAUAAUCCUGAUGAUGGGUGCAGAUACGUGGUAGAACUCAAUAAGAAGGAAUAUGAAUCUUGUUGGUCGAAGGACAGUUGGUGGGCUAAUGCCGUGGAAAGUUUGGGUUCCAACAUUUUCAUGUGGGUGAUUCCUUGGGGUACUUCAGUUCCCAAGUUUAAACCUGACCCAGAGAAGAACGGUAGAAACGAUAAAUCUACGAUCGAAGCUGUAUUGGGGCCUUAUAAGGAAACAGUGGGCAAUAAAACCAUUGAAUUAAUUAGAAAAAAAAUUUCGAAUAAUGAAUACUUGACAAAAGUUCAAGUCCGGAGCUCAUGA